UAGGUUUUAUUUUGAAAGCGGAGAGCGGAAGUGGCUCGCGUGCUCGUCAAUUGUCUGCGGAAGAAGGGGUUUGUCUACAAUUUUUACCGUUGACUGACUGACUUACUUGUGUCUUGGGGUUACAGCAGUGAGAUAACUGAAGAGAUGCCCGUGUGAUUCGUGAUUUGAGCCCCAAUCCCAGUAUCUGGAGUAGAGAGGACCUACAUAGCUGGAGAGCCUGAUGAACUGGUGAUACAGAUGAGUGAAUCUUGUCUCCCUGUCCGUCCAUGAAGUGGUGGUGAUGGUGGUGUUGAUGAUGAUGAAUGUGUGAGGAGAUAACCCGUGGUCCCCUUGCUGCACCGCACACUUCCUCAUGGAUUCCAGCAAUGAUGAGGCACUUGAUAUCAUUGUCACCAAUGUGGUGGCGACCUUCAGGACCAGGUGCCACCUCAACUUGCGCACCAUUGCCUUAGAGGGAACCAACGUCAUCUAUAAGCCGGAAGUAGGGAAAGUCCUGAUGAAGCUUCGUAAGCCCAUGAUAACAGCCUCAAUUUGGUCCUCAGGGAAAAUCAUCUGCACUGGAGCAACAAGUGAGGAUGAGGCAAAGCUGGGUGCUCGCAGGUUAGCACGCUGUCUGCAGAAACUAGGCUUCAAGGUGAGGUUUUCAGCCUUCAAAGUUGUGAAUGUGCUGGCAGUGUGCUCCAUGCCCUUUGCAGUCCACCUCAUAGACUUUACAAAGAACAACCGACCCAUUGCCAGUUAUGAACCAGAGCUCCAUCCUGCUGCCACAUACAGGAUCAAAAACCUCAAGGCCACUAUACAAGUGUUCUCCACUGGCAGCCUCACAGUUACAGGACCAAACGUGCAGAAUGUGGCCACAGCUGUGGAGCAAGUCUACCCACUACUGUUUGAGUGUCAGAAACCUCUCUGCAAAUAAAGGAAGAAAAGAAGAAUAUGAUAAAGAAGACAGAAAAAAAAGAACGGAGGAGAAGGCAGGACUGUGGGAGCACCAUUUCUGCGGAUUUAUUUGCUUGAUUUUAUCACUAAAUGGCAACAGCCGCAAACGUCUGACAUAAUUGACGGACCAGAUAUCACCUGGAUGUUGGAUUUUCUUUUUUUUUUUUAACUCUCAACAUCCCCACUUGGAGUCUUAAAAUCACCCUCUCACGAAAAAUUCUGUGUCAUUGUGAUUCUGUGGCUCUUGUGAUUUUAACAGCUUAAACAUGCAAAUGUCUUCCAAACUUCAUAUCCUUCAGCAGAAGCUGCUCCUCCAAACCUGACUUACACUGGAGGGGGGUGGAAGCUAUUUGCUCUCGCUCUUUUAAUCGCUCUGGGUGUUUUUGCAUGGAAGCAGAAAGACCAGUUGUCAACAUUCUAACUCUUUUAAUGCUUAACAGUGGUGACCAUUUUGAAUAGUCUGUAUGUUAACACUGAGAAGCCUCACCUUUAACCCUAUAUAAAACGACUCGUCCGAUUUGUCCAUUUUGUCUGGAAGAAUCUCCGUCCAUGACUCGUUUGUGGAGGUGUUAACAUAAAUACAAGGCACCGAGGGUAUAACCCACAUUUCUUGGUUUGAGAGAAAAACAGCUGUUAAAACAAUAGACUAGUCUGAACCGUCCUUAUGCAGAUAUACAUAUCUGCUCGCAACAUGCAUUCAUCUUUCAUUUCCUCAUUUUGUUUGGUUGUCAGUUCACUCUAAAUUUAUUGUUGUUUUUGUGAAAGGGUCAGAAUGGACACACGUUAUGUCAUUAAUUUCUUUCUCUAAUAGUUUUUCACACAAUGUAACCUUGCAAAUAUUUAAGUUUCUUUUAGGUUUGGACAAUGUAGAGAGCAAGAUUGAUGUCUUAAAUGUUUUGGAAGUCAUGAAAGCUUUUGAAGGGUCAAAAACAUUUUAUUUUUCAGGUGGCAAGUUGUUAAGCCAUUAACCUCAUGUUUGCUUUCACUUAACACAGCUUGUGGUACCUGGUCAGUAAAGGCAUUAGUGGCAUUGAGACAAAGCAAAACUCAUAACUUUCAAAUCAGCUUUCUAAUGGAUGGAGGGGGAAAAAGCUAUUAAACACUGUCCAGAAUUUGGUUUUGGCAAUUAGUCAGGACACAGGACAAAGACACAAGAACUCGUUGAAAGAAAGGAUCGCACUGUUUAGGCAUCUGCUCUCUUUAAUCAUACAAAGUUGUAAGGCAGUUAGCACAGUCAUCUGUUUGAAAGUUUGGCAAAAUGGUGAAUUAGUUUUUUAAGCAACAUUUGUGAUCAAAGACAACAUGUUCAAAUCUUGUCUUAUGCUCAUACCAACUGUCUGAAAAACAAACCCUUCUCUUAAAUUUCAGUGGGAAGAAGUGCUUUUAAAUUGAAACUGCAAUCUUGUAUUUAACAUGACUGUUGACACUUGCGCUGGAUAUAACAUCCAUAGUGGUAACAUGUAUGUAUGUAUGUAUGUAUAUAAUAAAUGCAUCUGAUGGAAAAGAUGUUCACAAAAACUGAAAUGUUGUCUGAAGUAUGUGGGAUGGAGUGCUUUUUGAACCAGUGUUAACUGAAGAUUUGUGACACUUGUUCAGAAUUUUGUAUUUUGUAUAAGAUAAUAAAGGUUAAUGAUAAAAUUCUAA